UCAUCACAUGGCACAACAACCGAGGACAUAAAUUCAGAAAGUGGCCGAAUGGAAGCUUUCUAGAUUGAGUGCUGGUGUUACAGUGGUGUUGGUUCAAAAUUUACAAAGGCAAUACUGACAAUGGCCUCGCGACCAAAAUCAGCCCGUGCUUCGAAGCGCAAGGCCGACAGUGAAGAAACUGCGCCUAUUGCUGCUGUGGUCGACAAGAAAGGAAAAGAAGAACUGGAGGUGGUGGAGGAGGAGGGUUGCAGAGUCGUCAUUGAGCAUUGCAAAAGCUGACAAGUGUAUGGGCGAAAUGCCGCUGCAGUGAAGUCUGCAAUCCAGGAAGCACACCCAGACUUGUGUGUGGUACUGAACCCCCAGAAACCUCGACGAAACAGUUUUGAGGUCACCCUGGUAGACGCUGGCAAUGAGACCUGUCUGUGGUCGGGAAUUAAGAAGGGCCCUCCUCGUAAACUCAAGUUCCCUGACCCUGCAGAGGUGCUGUCUGCCUUGAGUAAGGAGAUGGACAGUAAAUAAUCACCAGUGAGAUACUGUCGGUAGGAUCUGAGCAACUGCAUGCAUAAUGAUUGGGACGGACCAAAGGAUCUUUUCAGUCUCUCCCCUGAUGGCCUUGCUGCAGUGUUUGGAACCUGUCAGUAUGAUCAUUUGGUGCCAUGGCUCCUUGCUGACUGUGUUAUAUGCUAUACAGUGCUGUGUUUUGUAAGAGAUUGUGUUAUUUGAUGCUGUGUAGUGCAACUUUAAACCAUUAUGUUCAAACCAUUAUGUAACUCUUAAACUAUUGUUUACCUCAUAAAUGUUGUCCGUGGAAGUGUUGGACUGUGUUUCAUGAAACUUACCUCUUUUAUAAAUAAAUACAUUCUUAAGUUUGA